CACAUGUUGAUUUUUUAAUACAUUUCUGUACUAUUAUCGUUUUGUUUCGUCUCUUUAUAUAAAUAAAUUAAUAAUGAAUGCUCCAAAGAAAAAGGAAGGCGGUUCUGAAGCACCAUUUGAUCUUGAACAAGCGUUUAUAAUGAGAUUACCACCAGGUCCUGCUAUUGCUUUAAGACGUGAUGUGCAGUCUGGUGCUAUGAAUCUGAGGGAUAAACUGAGUAUUGAGAUUCAGCAUGAUAUGCGACAUGCACGAGUUCGAUGGGGUGGAGAAGUAUUGAACGCCAAGCUUGUUGAUCUGCCAUGUGUCGUGGAGUGUCUCAAGACGGUGGACAAGAAAACAUUCUACAAAACAGCUGACAUUUCUCAGAUGCUCGUCUGUUCUGCUGAUGAUGACUUUGGUCCAGAUGAAAACGACAGUCCUAAGAAAAAGGAAAAAGAUAAGAAGUUCUCAUGGAAUCAUGGAGUUACACCACCACUGAAGAAUGUGAAAAAAAGGAGAUUCAGAAAAACCUUGAAGAAAAAGUACAUGGACCAGCCAGACAUUGAAAAAGAAGUAAAGCGGUUGUUCCGUUACGAUGCGGAAGCAAUUGAUGUGAAGUGGGAAGUUAUAAUGGAGGAAGACAAGACUACCUCACAAAACAAUCAAUCAAGUUCAGUCGUUGAAGCCAGUGGUUCUAUUCACAAGCGAGAAGGUCACAUGUCUCGGAACGACAGUUCUCUAAUGGAUGUAGCUUCUUAUUUUGGUGAGGUGAGCAGUUCAGAGGAUGAGGAUGACAAAGAUAUCAACAUUAUGGACUCUGGGGAUGAAGAUGCAUCACGUGACCCUUCAACACCUCGGAUGGUCUACCCCAAUAGCAUUGAACGUGCAGCCAGUGAAAGUCAGGAUAUGAUGGCAGACACCGAUACAGCCGAGUUACAAAGCCGACUUGUGGAACUAAGUAAUCAGUUGGUUGAAAUCAGGGCUAAGCGUGAUGAACAUGAACAGCAAAUAGCAACCCUCGAUGAUAAUAGCCUUCUGGAGGGACUGCAGAUGGAACUUGAUCAUUUGGUUCAGGCAGAGAAUGAAAAAGCUAAAGAGUUUGAAAUUCUGUCAUCCAUGCUAAACCAAGGUUGAGAAUAAGAAGCAAAAGUCAAGUGGCAGCAACAGAAUUAAAAGAUACAAAAGGCUGUAGACUGCAGGAGUUCUUUUUCUCUUUGGUUUUAACAUCACUUUACUGUCGUGCAUGGAACCAGUUUGAGACUGUAUCUUGACACUGUGUGAUAUUUCUUGUUACUAGCAACAUUGUUGUUCAUGAUAACCCAUGGUUCAGCAUACGCAAUCGUGUGACAAGCCAUGAUAUCCACAUCCAUAAUGACACAAGUACCAAGUGAGGUUACAUUCAUCUGACAAUUCCUCAUGGACAUUCAUCUUUGUGAUAGAAGAAAGUGGGAGUGGGUCGAGACAUAUCCCAGUGGUAAACGCUCACAUGAUGCAUGGUCAGUAUAGGAUCAAUCCCCAUCAGCGGGCCCAUCGGGCUAUUUCUCUUUCCAGCCAGUGCACGAUGACUGGUAAUCAAAGGCCAUUGUAUGUGCUAUCCUGUCUGUGGGAUGGUGCAUAUUAUAAAAGUUCCCUUGCUACUAUGGAAAAAUAUACGUCAAAAUUACCAAAUGCUUGACAUUCAAUAUCCAGUGUUUUAAUAAAUCAAUUUCCAUUCCAGAUAUGCUAUUAUUUAUUUAUGGACGGUCAAAUAUAGGGCCCCCCCCCCGCCCAUUUUUGGUGAUUUUUGCCAAAAUGGGUAGGCCGUAGCACUCAAACCGCUGGUCCUAUUGAGCUCAUCUUUGAAAAUUAAGAUUUUUUUUAGCCAAAAUCUCUCUAGAAACCAAAUUUCAACCAAAUCAGAGGGGGUGGAGUUAAACCCAUUGGGAUUUGACACAGAAUGACCCUUUAGAGCAAGCAGAUUAUUAAUAUGUAUUAGAAGUAAUAAGGAGAUCAAAGGUAUAAUGAACUGUGUCUUAGGUGCUUGUUUUUCUGGAAUUAAGAUCAGUGUAAAAGAGAGGAUGUCCCAUGCACAACUAAUGGCUGUUUCAUACCGUAAACUUCAUAAAAGUUUGAUAAGUGAUUUGGUCUUGGAAUUGGCUAGUAUAUGGGUAUUUGCCACAUGGACAUUCAAUAGAUAAUGGGGAAACAGUAAUUCUCUCCAUACUAAUAAAGCUGAAUUGCACAUGUUCGAAGACGAACUACCAAUUUAAUUAGUACACUAAGAAUUCAUUCCUUUGAGAUUGUUCUUUAAUCUCUGUGAAUAAAUUGAUUGUAUUUAUGUCAAUAAAAGGUAUGAUAUGC